AUGAGAACCAGCCCGCGGUCAAAUGAGAACAUCUCGCUGUCAUCACAAUCCAUACGACCGACGGUUUCGUCUACACUGGAGUCUUCGCCUCGGCCGGAUAUGAGGAGCAGUCCGCGCUCCAACGAGAAUCUGUCAGCAACAUCAAAGUCCAUGACCCCGGCGGGACAGGACGUUUCGCCCCGACUAGGGGCGAAGAGCAGUGCGCGCUCGUUCAACCUGCCUGUGGCACCGCAACCCAUACAGACAAUGCCGCAGUCCUCUUGGGAGCAGCCGCCGCCAGCAGAGACCUUCUCCUCUGUAACGGCACCCAACCACGAGCCCGCGGCGCCGAUGGAUGACUACGACGCAAUCAUAGAGGACCCCCAAGGCCCGCUCGAGAUCAUGCCGGAUGAUGGACCGACUCCGCGGCCCUUGACACCGCCGGAGGUUGAGCCCGUGGCCGCACCUCUGAACAAGGUCCAUUUCAUGUGUUUCCAAGAGCAUCGCGCAAUGCCCGCUGCCCCGAACGUGUGGUGUCCCGUGCCGUGCAUGACAUGCCACAAGUUCGAUAGCAAUGUUCGGUAUCGCUGUGUCUUCUGCUGUCUUCGGAUCUGCCAGGACUGCUAUCAGACGUUGGAGAAAUGUCGCCACCGGUCGUUGAAAGAGCUGAUGUACAACAUUGGGUGA